UCGAGAACAGCGCUUCCGUUUUGUUGCUGCAACCUCAACAAUAGCCCACGCAUUUACUAUUUUAAAGUGCUUUUCAAUCGCGCGUCGUGCAGUAGCAAUGCAAUUUAAACGACAGGUUGUCAGCUUUAACGUUUAGUUUGCGAUUGCAAUUGCGUGUCGAAAAAUCAGCAUGGAUAAAUUUGAAGGCUACAUCUUCACGGCGCUGUGCAGCACCAACUUUCUGGUGUCCUGCCUGCUCUUCUCCAAAGUCACCCGGGAGCAACGGGAGCCCUACAUGGACGAGGUUUUCCAUGUGCCCCAAGCUCAAAAAUACUGCCACGGGAAGUUCAACCAGUGGGAUCCGAUGAUCACCACCUUGCCAGGCCUCUACCUGGUCUCAGUGGGCAUCAUCAAGCCCGUGGUACGACUCGCCAACAUGAGCGGCGAGGUGGUGUGCUCCACGGCAAUGCUGCGCUUCAUCAACCUCCUCUUCAACUGCGGCAACCUCUACCUUCUCUACCGGCUCAUCUGCAGGCUGCACCCGAAGGAGAAGACGCGAACGGCAGCUCGGCGGAUCCUCUCGGCGCUGUCGCUCUCCACCUUCCCCGUUCUCUACUUCUUCAACUUUCUCUACUACACGGACGCCGGCUCCACCUUCUUCAUCCUCUUCACGUACCUCAUGACGCUGCACGGCUGCCACAAAGCCUCGGCGCUGCUCGGCGCCUGCGCCGUCCUCUUCCGCCAGACCAACGUCGUAUGGGUGCCGUUCUGCGCUGGCACCCUGGUGGCCGGCCAGAUGGACGACGCGUGGAGGGUGGCGCAUUCCAAAAAGACGGACGACAAGCCAGCUGCGUUUCAGGUCCCUCUCUCCCUGAGCGGAGCCAAACGAGUUGUGCUUUUCACUCUGGAGUUUUUCACUUCCGCCGGGCACGUGAAGGCGGUGCUACUGGUGGCGUGGCCCUACGCUCUGGUCGCCAUGUGCUUCGUCGCCUUCGUGUGGCAGAACGGCGGCGUAGUGGUGGGCGACCGCGCCAACCACGAAGCCUGCCUCAACUUCCCGCAGCUCUUCUACUUCCUGUCCUUCUCCCUCUUCUUCUCCCUGCCCGUGUCGCUGUGUCGCCACCGCGUGCGGCGCUUCCUGCAGGCCGUGAAAAAGCAGCCCGUCCUCUUCCUCGCCGCCACCGUCGUCUCCGUCCUCCUGGUGUGGAAGUUCACCGCCGUCCACAAGUACCUGCUGGCGGACAACCGCCACGUCACCUUCUACGUGUGGAAGCGGUUCUUCCAAAGGCACGAGGUGCUUCGCUUCCUUCUGAUCCCCGUGUACAUUUUCGCCGGAUGGAACUUCCUGGACUCGCUUAAGUCGCGCUCGCUCUUUUGGAGUUUGGCGUUCCUGGCGUGCCUCCUGGCCGCCACCGUCCCGCAGAAGCUCCUGGAGUUCCGUUACUUCAUCAUCCCGUACCUGAUGUACCGCGUGCACAUGCCACUCCCGUCCCUGCCCAGACUAGCGCUCGAGUUUGUGCUGUACACGGCCGUCAACGUCGCCACCGUUUACGUCUUCGUGGCCAAGACUUUCCGCUGGCCGGACAACGCCGCCACGCAGCGGUUCAUGUGGUGAACUCCCAGUAAUACCAGGAUAGCUCAAAAAGGGAAUCAUGUGAUUUUUGAAAGCGAUACUACACAGUAAGUAAGGACAACAUUGUGUAAUUUAUUCUGGUUGGCUUUGGUAUGAUUAUGGAGACCAAAUAAUUUUGUUUUUGUUUUUACAAAAUUUGUACUGUAUGUAAAUGGAGACCUAUCCCCCCCCCCCCCCCCCCCCCCCC